CUGGUUUCAGGAAGCGGAAGCAGGAAUGUUGGAGUGUUUUUAGAAAAGUUUGGACAAGUUAGACAGUUUGGGCGCUGAACCACAAACGGCGGAGAAACAUGACGGUGUGUUACCUGUUGCUGAUGUUGUUGUAAAGUUGUCAGUCUUCUCUGACUGACUCCAACCAGACACACAGGCAGGUAGAUAUGGAGAGUGGAGCUCUGGGAAUGGACACCAGUGCUGCUCCAGAUCCCAGAGUGCAGUCAGACUGCAGCAUAGCCUGUCUGCGGCGUCGGGCCUGGGCCCAGAGCAGAGACUCCAUCUGGCAAGAAUCAGAGCAAGAGCGCUGUGGCCCCCAGGGGCCCCAACAGAGCCAGGGAGACGGUGACGAACAGAGACCCUCAGAAGAACCAGGGCGAGUUCCUAACAAGAUCACCAGCUGGCUGAUUGAAUGCAGGACUCCCCUUGGAGCCUCUCUAGAUGAUCAGAGUGCUUCUCCCAGCAGAGCAGGAGCGCUGAGGAACGGCUGCAGCUUUGAAGAUGACCUUUCACUGGGAGCUGAAGCCAACCACCUUCAGUCCAGUAACAGUAAAACUGAAUCCUGUUUUGGUCUUGUGGCGGAUCAGAAGAGGAGUCAGUAUAAAGAGAGAGGAAGAAGUAUGAACUCCACAGGAUCUGGGAAGAGCAGCACUGUGUCCAGUGUGUCAGAGCUGCUGGACCUGUACGAGGAGGAUCCUGAGGAAAUCCUGUUAAAUCUUGGUUUUGGUCGAGAAGAACCCGACCCAGCCUCUAAGGUUCCUUCCAGGUUUUUCAGCAACUCCUCCUCAGCGCGGGGCAUCGACAUCAAGGUCUACCUGGGAGCCCAGCUGCAGCGCAUGGAACUGGAGAACCCCAACUACGCCUUGACUAGUCGUUUCCGUCAGAUCGAGGUCUUGACCACAGUAGCUAACGAGUUCUUCCAGCUUUACAGUCAGGUCUCUGGGCAACCUGUCCAACGCAUCAGCUCCAGGGACCAAGGAGGAGAAGGUGGAGAAGGAGGAGGUGAUGAGGCAACUCCUGCUCUGAAGAGGAGCAGCUCUGCUCUGAACGUUGCCAAACUCCUCAAGAAAACCAUAAGCAAACACAACCUGCUGGCAACCACCCCCGACUCACCUGACCAACACGGACAGCUGAAUGGACACUCCCCUUCUGAUCACACACACACCAACGGUCACGCACACACUGGUCCGGAGCAGGACGUCUGCAGUACCGACUCCGACCACCAGGCGGAGACAGUCAGCCAGAAACACAUCCGCAGGAAAGACAACUGUUCCCUGGCAACGGUCACUGAGGAAACCAAUGGGGAUGGCGAGAUAGAUCAGAUGACAGACAACAGUCCUGAACAGAGCGGCACUGGACCAGCAACCAAUGGAGAGCAUCAACCAGAGUCAGCUGACCCUCAGUCAACCAAUCAAAGUGCAGAAGAGGGAGCUAAGGUGGUCAAAGAGGAGAAGAACCUGACUUCAACCCCAGAGAAAGCUCCUGUCACCCUGGCCCCACCUCAGCUGGCCCAGCUUCGCACUGAAAACGCAGACUCUUUCGACAUGGAGGAGAUCCAGAGCAACGAUGAUGAGGGUCUCCCAUCCAGAAUUUCCAGAGCCUCUGAUCUGUUGAGGACAGUCAGUCAGCAGUCAGACAGCAGUGGUUUUGCCGAGGAGCCCUCAGCCGACUCCAACAGCUACCUCAAGGUGCAGGAAAGUAGUGACAGUUGUGACAGCGAGACCACUGUGACAUCGCACCCGUCACAAGAUGUGGCCACGCCCCUCGCACUGGACCACCCAGAGUUUGAUUUGCCGGACGGCAAAGCGGAAGAGGCGGGGCCUGAUGGUGCUGGUGAAGCUGAUGGGAGGAGUAGUUCCAGGGAAGACGACGAGCACAGUGGGAGUUCAGAGCAGGUUUCACAGUAUACAGCUCACCAGCUUCCCAGGAACAGGCUAGUGGGAGCACAGCAGGAUGAACCACAGGGCAAGGAGCCAGCUCAAAAUGGGGCCUGGACUGAUCCUGAACCAGAACCGGGGAUUACCCAUAAUGUUUCUGCUGCAGAACAGGAACCACAACACACUCAGGACCAGACUGAGACUGUCGCAGGCACACAGCCACCCACAGAAGGAGUGAAAGCUGAGGAUGAGACCCAAGAAGAGCACGCAUCCUUAAGUGGUUCUGGUACACCUUGUGCUCCAGCUCCAUCCUCUCUGGUCCUCAGUGCCCUGAACCGAGCCAGACAGAACCAGCGGAGCAGGGCUGGGCUGCGGGUGGACCCCCAGCACAGUGAGACGCCCCAAACCACAGGGAGAGGACGAGGAAGACGAAGUGUCCCCCUACAGAGGUCCUCCUCCCUGCCCUCCUCGCUCCUCUCGCCCUCCAGAGUUGUGUCCUCUGUCAGGAUUGAGUUUGGCCGAGGCCAGGCAUCCUGCACCCAGCCCAGGUACUCCUUCAAAUAUACACAGGAGGCCGGAGAGGACAAGGGAGAAGAGGAGGAGGAGGAGGAGGGACAAACCAACUGUCUGUCUACUCUGAUCAUAAACCCUGCCCCUUCGUCUCGGUCUAACAACCAAUCACCAAGGCUUCCCACAGAUGCUCCCAUCCCACCGAAACCCAUCCCACGCUACCUGAUGAGGUCAUCCUACUCCCUGCAGAGCUCGAGCCCUCCUCCUGAUUGGUCACCGGGAGGCCAUGGCCACUCCUGGAGCACCCAGAGUGUUCCUGAUCUCUCCUCCAAUCAGCAGCCGCCUGGCCACUUCCAACAAAACCUGAGCGCCAGCCAAAACCAGCAAAGUUGGAAUCCAGGGCAGAUGGUGUUCUCUUAUACUAACCCUAAUCCUACAGCUCAGUCUUUAAACCUCAGCCCCAAUCCUAGCCCCAGCCUCAACCCCAGCCCAUACCCCUUCGCUUUGAACCCUCCCCCACAGUACCCCUCCCCUCUCCAUCCAUAUGCCAGUCUUCCCAACCUCCAUCACCACCACAACCACUCCUUGAACCACCACUCCAGUCUGGCCAGUCUUCACCACCCUGCAACUUCCACAAUCCCCCAGCAUGGCAGCCUCUCCAACUUGCAUCAGCCCCCAACUUCCACAGCUCCUCACCACAUCAGUCUGAGUAACCUGCAUCCCAGAACUCCCAUAAUGCACCACCAGGGCUACAACCAUCCAUACAGUCACCAGUCACCUUACCAUGCCGCUCCUCACAGUUCACAAAUUGCCUCACCCUACCUUAGUUACCAUGGCUGCAACACAAACCUUGCAUUCCCCCAUCCUGCCCCCCAAUGUCCGCCGUUGCCCUCAGAGCAUGGCCCCCACCUGGGUCUUGCUCCUCCUGCUCCAGGCUUCUUCAGCCAAGGUCAUAUCCACCACCCAGAACUUGCUCCUCCUGCUGCACCAGGUCCAGGACCCAGCCAGGGCCCAUCCAGCACAGAGAUGCAGCUCAGGAGAGUUCUGCAUGAUAUCAGAGGAACGGUUCAGAGUCUGAACCAGAACCAACCCGACACUCCGGACACGUUCACUGAGCACAGAGCAGCUCUGCCCAGCCACCAGUCUUUGGCAGAGUUUCAGCAGAAGAGGCGGAGUCUGAACUUGUUCCGCAGUCAGAUGAUGGAUCUGGAGCUGUCAAUCAUCCGACAACAAGCUCUGGUCUACAAACACCUGAGCCCUGCAGACAGGUUGGAGGUGGAGCAGCUUCAGUCUCUGAGAUCAGCAGUGAGAGAAGAACUACAGGAGCUAGAACAACAGCUGGAAGACAGACUGAUUGAGCUGACACAUCACACGCAACAUGGGAGUCUCCAUAGAGAUGGCAGUGUUGACAGUCUGUCCACCGCGUCUGCUCUGAGAGCAAUGGAGCCGGUGUCAGACCUCCUCAGAGAGCAGCUCUUCCUCCAGUCAGAGCUCAGCUAUGAUGGUCACACUUCCUCCACCAACCCCUCCUCCCGAUCGUCCAGUCCAGUCCGAGGAGGAGGAGCAGGAAGAGGAGAGGGCGAGCACAGACAAGGAGUAUACCGGGCAUCAGUCAACAUAACCCCUGCCCCUCCUCCUCGACCCAACACACACAUUGAGGAGGAGGAAGAGGAGGGAGAGAGGGAUGGAGGGGGAGGUGGAGGAGAGGGUGGUGUAGGAGGGGCAGGCGGGGAAGUACCAGAGGAGAAGGGAGCAGCAGGAGGAGUCAAAGUGGAGAACCUGCAGCAGCUCAUCAGAGAGAUUCGAGAGAGCGUGGCGCAGGAGGUCCGACGGGAGAUCUACAGCGAGCUUCUAGCUGCCGUGUCACCUCGGCAAUCGCCCUUGCCUGCCAGGCAACAUCCCCUGUAGUCGUGGCUACAGCAGAGCACCGCCCCUUUGACCUUCAGCCUUAGCAACCACAGCCUGAGCAGCACCACUGUCUGUCUACAACACUGUAUAGCUGAGUAACACUGUCUGUGUGGAAACACUAUGUGUCUGUAACACUGUAUGUCUGCGACACUGAUGAUGAAAUGAACACCUACAUGUGAUGAACCCCGCGCACUUCACCUGUGGCCCGCCCUGGUGUUAACAAGCACGCUCGCUACUGAGAGGUGGUGGACGGAGCCUCAGACAGGACGCAGAGAGGACGUUUCCACUGUUUAGUUGGUUUCUUGUGAGGUAGCAUGCUAGCAUGCUGGGAACACCAGUCUGGACCAGCCUGUCUGCGCCUCCUCCUACCAUCAGAAAUGUUUUUUUUUAAUUCUCAUAUCCUGUUUCCUUUUUCUAAACUGUUGUGAUCAAAUCCCAGGCCUAAAACUGCCACAGCCGCUAAUACUAUGUAAACAACCACUAGUACUGCUAACAGUACUGCUACCUUUGCUGCCACUACUAAUCCCAGUCUCGAGGGUUUCUUGAUCAAGUUCUUUAGCAGACUAUAGCAGAAUUCCUGUCCUGAUAUUACUGUUUUCCCACAUAAUUCAGCUACACUGCAAGUCCACAUAGUGAUAGUAAUAAUAAUGCUACUACUACUGGUAAUAUAAUAAUAAUAAUAAUAUUAAGAAUCAGAAACUUGUAACUCAACCAUUGCUUGGUUUGAUUUCAAAAGAAUCGAAAGAUUUCUAACUUUAAAUGUGAUUUUUCAAUGCUGUGAACACCACAAACGAAACUCCAUUGUCUUCCAUUGUUUUGAGGUGGAGGCAGAUAUCUCAGAGACAGAUCACUCAUAUUAGUAGAUAUUUGGAGAUUUAAAAAUAAAACUAUCUGCAUAGAGAAAAAACACCUGAAGGAAGGGAAAAAAUAUAUAUAUUUUUUUGUCAUUUGUCCUGAAUUGAUCCUUGACUGUGUUGGCAGAGCAGCACACAGGGGAUCACCUUCCCUUUAAAAAUUGUCUUUUAAUCUAUGCACUCAUGCCUUUUAAUAAGGGGUUACAUACUUUUAUCUUUAAUAAGAGUCUGCUGAGGUUCAAACUGAGUUCAGUUACACCUUGAAGUUACUCAUUCCAUGCACAUUUCAGCUUAACAUAAAAAGUUUUAGAGGGGUUUUAAGGUAUAUCAUUAAAGUAUGAUGCUGCAGCUGUCGACAUUCCAUCAUCAUCGUCGUCAUCAUCAUCAUCAUCGGCAUUAUGCUUCUCUUCCCCUCACCUCCUUCAUAGCUGAUUCUGUUAGUCUCCAUGUUUCUCUGAUGUGACAUUAGCUGAUGAGCAGAGUUCACCAAAAGUCAUUACAUAAUCAUUUAUAACCCCAGGUAAACUGUACUGUUAGCAGGCCUGUAGGACAGGAGUUUUAAAAUGCUACACAUAGUCAUUGCCCCCAGAAGUUGUUGGCUAACAAAUAGCAGCACUGCUAACUGCUGGUAAAACCACAAUGUCUCCUGUUUUACAUUUCUAUUUUUAAACCUGUUCAGUAAAAAAAGGUACAACAUGUAAAUCAGACAGCGCUGAAGCUGUUGGAGGGUGGAUUGUUUUCUGUCUUGAUGGAGCUAGGCUAGCAAUUUCCCCACACCUGUAUCCAGUCUUUGUGCUAAGCUAGGCUAAACACAUCCUGAACAGAGAUUUUUUUUUCUCCAAAAUGUGUGACUGUUCCUUUAACACUCAUUGGUUGUAACUGAGCAGGUGACGAGGUUAGUGUGUGAUAUCAUGAGGUACUGUGGAGGUCAGGCGUAGAGGUAAAAGGUGACGUUACGGCAGCAGUGGGUUUCAGUAAGUUGUCAUGGUGACGGUGAUGAUGACGAUGAUGACGUAAUGACCAGUCAGAGAGAGGGUUAGUGAGCGGGUAGUGUAGUACGAUGCGUUAGCACGUUAAGCGUCACGCUGUCUGAUGACAAAUCUGUGUGCAAUAAUAUGGGCAUACACUAUAUUUUGAUUACUGAGAUUAUUGUUAAUAAAUUAUUAAUAAAUCACUGCUAACAUUUCAGACAUGAUCAGUCAUCCUGCACCACUUCAGCACAAAUGGUCUACCUGCAUGUCUAAUACAAAUAAUCUGAAGCUUGCUGGUUUCAUUGAGAGAGCCUCCGACUUUCUUCCUCUUCACACAGAAUCCACGGAACUGACUGAUCACUGAACCAUUAAUUACCAAUCACUGAACAUCUGUUUUCGUCAGCAUUAAAGCUAAACUAAAAGGUUUCCGGACAUACCAUCAGUCAGAAAAUAUUUGUAGCUGGGAGAAACAAGCAUGCUGCACCCACCAUACAUAAGUGAGAUUGGCUGAGGGACCUGUCAAUCAAGGCAAACACACCUCUAUAUACCUCUUUUUUUAAUCUUAAUGGAACUAUGAUUCUUUAAAAAAUCCACACAGACUUGCAUUAGAAUUAAUAUUGUCUACUGAAAGCUGAACUUUGUGUACAUUGAUGUGCAUUCUUGAUCUUUGGGAGCAAUUUUAAGAGAAUCUAAGCUCAAAGGUCCACUUACUAAUAAUUUGGAGCUCUCGGGCACCUGUGACUGUCUUUAUUUGUCAAAUGGAGCUGUAUGAGGUGUCAUCACGUCUUAAAUGUGAACUUUCAUGUGACUCCUCCAAAUUGUUAUUAACAAGACCUUUUACCUUUGAUUCUCUUCAUUGUUUAUUGACUUUAUCUUUGUAGAUUUUUUUGUCAUGUUUCACUGAUCACAAAUUCUGCUCUGCUGGACAAACACUCACUGUGAGCUCUGAGGCUCUUUAUGCAUUUUUUUUUUAACUGAUCAAGGAUCCUUCACACACUUCUAAUUACACUUUACUGUCUGACUGUUGGUGUCUAUUAAUUUCUGUUGAUGUCUAUUAAUGAUGAUGUGUAUUUUGUACUGAUGUUCUUGUCAGUGGGAUGCAGGGAGGGAUCACUCUGUAGAGAUGAGAAUAAUAAAGAUGUAUUUAUUUUCAGUA